UGUGUUUUACGCAGAUAUCUAUGGUACAUACAUGUGACUGAAUGUUGUGUGAACGCAUGUUUGCGGUAGGAUAUCUCAUAUUUGGAAUAGCGGUUGAACACUUUAAAAUAUAAACUGGAUCUCAACGCAUGAUAAAAAAAAUGAAAGUGAAGGUGCUGUGCAGAAAUCCGGAUGAUUAUGUUCGUGAAACAACGAAAGAUAUACAGCGUGUCCCGAGGAACUACGACCCAUCCCUCCACCCGUUUGAGGUCCCAAGAGAGUUCACCCGCGCUCUUAAUGCAACCAAACUGGAGAGAGUAUUCGCAAAGCCGUUUUUGGCUUCUCUGGACGGGCAUAGGGAUGGAGUGAACUGCAUGGCUAAACACCCCACGAGCCUGGCCACUUUGCUGUCUGGAUCCUGCGAUGGAGAGGUGAAAAUGUGGAACCUGACCAAUCGGGAAUGCACGCGGACGCUCCAGGCGCACGAGGGGUUCGUCAGGGGCAUGUGCGCUCGCUUCUGCGGCACCUCCUUUUUCACGGUUGGUGAUGAUAAAACCAUCAAACAGUGGAAGAUGGAGGCCCCGUCCUAUGGAGAGGAAGAGGAGCCUCUGAACACUAUUCUGGGGAAGGCUGUGUACACAGGCAUUGACCAUCACUGGAAGGAGGGCAUCUUUGCCACAUGUGGCCAGCAGGUGGACAUCUGGGACGAGCAGAAGAGCAGCCCCAUCCGCACCUUCAGCUGGGGGGUGGACAGCUUCAGCUCAGUUCGAUUCAACCCUGUGGAGACACAUCUACUUGCCAGUUGUGCGUCUGACAGAAGCAUCGUGCUGUACGACAUGAGGGAAGCCACUCCACUCAAAAAGGUCAUCAUGAAGUUGAGGAGCAACACUUUGUGCUGGAACCCUAUGGAAGCUUUUCAUUUCACCUGUGCUAAUGAAGAUUACAACCUGUACACCUUCGACAUGAGGAGGCUGGACGCUCCCAAGAUCGUGCACAUGGACCACGUCUCGGCCGUCCUGGACCUGGACUACUGCCCCACGGGCACGGAGUUCGUCUCGGCCAGCUUCGACAAAACGGUCCGCAUCUUCCCCAAAGACCAGGGCCGCAGCAGGGAAGUGUACCACACCAAGCGCAUGCAGCACGUCAUCUGUGUCAAGUGGUCGUCCGACAGCAAGUACAUCCUGACCGGGUCGGACGAGAUGAACAUCCGCCUGUGGAAGGCCAAGGCCUCGGAGAAGCUGGGAGUGCUGUCCCAGAGGGAGAAGGCCGCCCUGGACUACAGCGAGAAGCUGAAGGAGAAGUUCCAGCACCACCCGCAGGUGCGCCGCAUCGCGCGGCACCGCCACCUGCCCAAGGCCGUGUACAGCCUGAGCAAGGAGCUGCACGUCAUGAAGGAGGCUCGGCGCAGGAAGGAGAGGAACGUGCGCAAGCACAGCAAGCCCGGAUCCGUUCCCGUGGUGACGGAGAAGGAGAAGCACGUGGUGACCGUGGUCAAGUAGAGCGGCGCGCGGUCCGGCCGCUCCCCUGCUCCCGCACGCUAGAGACCCUUAAACCGCCUUCCCAGAGACUGACCGGCAGAGUUGCCAGAUUGGGCGAAUACCUGCCCAUUUGGGAUACUUUUUUAUGUUAUUGUGCGGGGGGAGAAAAUGGUUCACUAUUUACAGAUCUGGCAACACUGCUGACCGGAGCAUCGGUCAGUAUUGGAGUAUACAUUCUCAUUGCAAUAUUUAUAAUGGUUCAGUAAAACAACUUAAAUCUCCACCCAUCAACCGUCUCCCACAAUUUUCAUGUUUUAUGUAUGAAAUCAUCUCCAUAGAACAGCGGUGACUGGAAGCUGAGCAAACCCACCAUAAAUGUUUGUGAAUGUGAACAUGGAUAUUUACAGAAUAGUGUCAUUUGGUUUUGAGUUCUGCAGUUAAUACUCUUGGUACAUCAUUAAAAGCUCAUCAGUGGAACUUUGUAGAAUAAGGUGGUAAGAAUUAGAAAAAGAAAAAUUUAUUUGACAGCAGAAUCAUAUCCACUCAGUGGUAAAGAUGUUCCUAAGGUCUGACCUACAAGUUCUUGUGGAGUCUUGUCAUGCUUUAUAUUCUAUAUUUGAUAAAAUAAAACAUCGAUAAAUACUC